AUGAAUUACGGCUUAAUUGGCGCCAGUUCUAAGCUAAAAGGAACAGGUGUGAUACCUUCAUGGACUCAAGUGAGACACCUUUCUCGUAGAAGAAUAGCUUAUCCAUUCUAUCCAUUCAAAAAAUUAGGAAGACAACAUCCAAAGCAGCAUGACACAAAUUUAAAGACCGCUAUGAGACAGUUUUUAGGACCGAAGAAUUACAAAGGGGAGUAUGUGAUGAACAAGUAUUUUGCAGUUUCAACGAACCAUGUACCCAAUUAUAUCAAGCCAGAUUUAGAAAGAGGUCAAAGUCUAGAACACCCGGUAACCAAGAAACCUCUACAACUGAGGUACGAUGGGACAUUGGGCCCUCCCCCUGUAGAAAAUAGAAGAUUACAAAAUGUUUUCAAAGACAGAUUGUUGCAACCUUUCCCUUCGAAUCCACAUUGUAAAACGAAUUACGCAUUAAGUCCGCAAUUGAAGCAGCGCAUUUUCGAAGAGAUUACUGUGGAAGGACUUUCCACUCAACAAGUUUCUCAGAAAUACGGGUUGAAAAUUCCUCGUGUAGAAGCCAUUGUCAAACUGGUUGGUGUGGAAAAUAGUUGGAACAAACGGAAUAGAGUAUCAUCCGAUUUGAGAACUAUGGAUGAAACUUUGUAUGGGAUGUUCCCCGUUUUCGAUUCAGAAGCUAGCUUUAACCGAGAAAAUUUGAGUGAAAUUCCUGUCCCUCAAAAGACGUUGGCCUCGAGAUUUCUCACCAUUGCUGAAUCUGAACCCUUUGGUCCCGUUGAUGCAGCUCACGUUUUAGAAUUAGAGCCUGCUGUAGAAACUUUAAGAAACUUGUCUACUGUCGGAGAGCACUCUAGCGGGCACCACGAAUCAACAAACAAGAACAGCAAGGUCGUGUAUGGUGAACUUCUACAAGGUGAGAAAUCACAGUUCAAAUUCACCAACGCAAAGGUUGGGAAAGUUGGAUACCGUUAUGGUAGUGGAAAUAGAGACAACAAGAAAGACAGGAGAAUCGGUUUCAAUAAGUUGGGCCAAAUGGUAUACAUUUAA